GGGUGUACCAUUCAGCCUCAUGGGCUUGGUAAACGCUCACUUUUUCCUUUGUGCGCGGAUCUUCCGCCGCUGAAAAUAAUGCUCCCAGAACGACAAGUAUCACUGGCUACCGUUUCCGCAAGCGUUCACUUCUUGUUUCGUCUUCUUGGGCGGUUUUGUGUUGUAGUGCUUCAACUUGUUGCGUAUUACUUCGCUCUCUGCGUUCUCUUACCUGCUGAGGUGUCACCGAUCAAUCAAAUAGAACGCAACCCUUCCCAUCGACUAUAUCGACUGAGCUCGUUCGUUGCAAUCCUCCGUAGUCUGAAAGGAAGGAAGGAGAUGAUGACGACAACGAUGAGACGUGGAGAGAUGGCGGCGGAUCGACGCAGCAAGCCGCAACGGUCACGCCAGGGUGUUGUGAUCCUUCCUCUUCUGUUUGUUCUGCUGGUUGUGACAUGCGCUUCGCAGUCUCAGCACACAUUGCUGCCCGUCGCAGAAGCAGCGGAAGCAAGGGGGGAAGGGGGAUCUGGGUUUGCUGGGGUGGCGGCGGCCGCGGCGCAGGAGGAGGAGGAGGAGAGGGAGGCGGCAAUCGAAAGGUUCAGGAAGUAUCUGUCGAUCCACACGGAGCAACCGAAACCUAACUAUGAAGAGGCGGCGGCGUUCCUCUUCGCGCAGGCGGAGGAGAUCGGUCUGAAAGCGCAGCGGAUCGAUCUCGUCCCCGGAAAACCGGUCAUCUUGAUGACGUGGCAAGGCAAGGACACUCAACUGCCGUCGAUUUUGCUGAAUUCCCACGUGGACGUUGUCCCCGUCGAAAAUGACAAAUGGUUUCAUGACCCGUUUGCGGCUGUGCGAACCGCGGAGGGAAACGUGUACGCACGCGGGGCGCAAGAUAUGAAGAGUGUCGGGAUGCAGUACUUGGAGGCGAUCCGCGUGCUGCGCGGGAAGGGGAGCGGCAAGGAAGCGGGGGAAGCGGGGACGGGAGCGGGAUUCGAACCGUUGCGGACGGUGCAUUUGUCGUUUGUGCCAGAUGAAGAGAUAGGUGGGCACGACGGGAUGGAGAAGCUGGUGAAGUGGGAAGGCUUCGACAGCCUCGGCGUGGGCUUCGCCCUCGAUGAAGGACUCCCCUCCGAGGGGUCGGAUUACAAGGUGUUUAAUGCCGAGAGGGGGGGGUUUUGGGUGAUGAUUACCGCCAAGGGGAAGCCAGGUCACGGGUCGAUGAUGUACGAUGGGAGCGCCACGGAGAAUCUCAUUCGGUCGUUGAACGCCAUAUUGGAAUUUCGACGGUCCCAGUUUGAACUCGUCAAGUCAGGAAAAGCAGAAUUGGGCGAAGUCAUUUCGGCCAACGUGGACUUCUUGCGGGCUGGCAAAGAAGGACCCCAGGGUCCAGUGAUCAAUGUGCAGCCUUCAGAGGCUGUAGCCGGAAUAGACUUCAGGCUGCCACCGACUGCGGAUGUGGAAGCCUUCAGAAGGCGUGUCGAGGUAGAGUGGGCCCCCGAGCACCGGAAUAUGAGUUUCGCUGUUGCUCAAGGAGUGGUCAGGGGCAAAGGUGGCAAGCCUCUGAUCACUGCAGUGGACGACUCGAACCCAUACUGGGAUGUCUUCCGGAAGGCCGUGGAGAAGUCAGGGGUGCCAUUGUCAAAGCCAGGAAUCUUCGUGGCCAGCACAGACGCACGAUAUCUGAGGGCAGCAGGCGUCCCUACGCUAGGCUUCACGCCUAUCCGCAACACGCCUGUGCUCCUGCAUGCACACAACGAGAUUCUGCGUCGGGGCUGUGCUGUCCUAUCCAUCUCCAUCUCCAUCUCCAUCUCCUCCUUCGCCAUCCCUCCGUCUUGAUCCUGAUGGACCGCCAUCCCGGCGGGUCCAUCACACUGGUAUCAGAGCGUG